GCUUUAGAAUUUGCUUCUUACAUCUCUAAGCUCAAAGGAGAACCUGAAGAAGCUGGCCCUUUCCUAAAAGAGACAACUGCCUUGUUGAAAGAAAAUAAAUUGGAACAAGUAUUUCAGGCAUUUGUAGCGGUGGCUUCAAUAUUGUUAGACGCGCCAGAGAAAGAAUUUGAAGCCGUAUAUAAUCUUCUUAUUGCAAUUUUAAAAUCGGCGUCGCCUGAAACAUAUCCGGUUUUAAUAAACCAAUCCAUCAAAGCAUUGGUGAAUGAUGAACACGACAAGGCUAUCCAAAAACUCAAAGUUCUCCAGAAUUUGUACAACACUCUAGAAUAUUCUUCACCACUCCGCUAUGACGUGUUCGUUGGAAUUCUUGAUAUUGCUACUAAGAAUGAUGAAAUUGAAACCAUACUACCACAGUUGCCGCGUCUGGAUACUUGGGUGAAAGAAUGGUCAAUAUCUACGGAGCAAGUUCGGGAACUAUAUUUAACGGUUUCAAAUAAAUUGAAGGAAGCAGGAGAAAUUAAGCGAUCUCACGACUUCCUACUGAAAUAUCUUGCGACCUACACGUCAUCUGAUGAUCUUUCUGCGGCAAAGUCCGCAGCAAGUCGUGCAAUCAUAGAAGCAAUUCAGUUACCUGAAAUUUUAAGUUUUGAAGAUUUACUUGAGUUAGACGCUAUUCAAACAUUAAAAAAUGACGAAGUUUUUGAAUUAUUAAAAGUUUUUUUAAAUGGGAAUUUGAAAGAAUACAAAUCAUACGUCGACACAAAUCCGGGCGUUGUGGAAAAACUUGGAUUGUCAAAUGAAGAUAACACGCGUAAGAUUCGCUUACUGACAUUAGCUUCUUUAGCAUCGGAACAUGUUGCGCGUGAGAUUACGUAUCAAACAAUUGCAAAAGCUCUCGAAAUUGAAGAAGAUGAAGUCGAAAUGUGGACAAUCGAUGUGAUUCGUGCACAUCUGAUUGAAGCUAAAGUCAACCAAGUUCGUAAGACCAUUUUAGUGAACCGAUCAACGUAUCGUACGUUCACAACGAGCCAAUGGCAACAAUUAUCCGACAAACUAGAUGGUUGGAAGCAAUCACUUGCAGAUAUUUUACAAGUGAUUGCUAAUGCAAAAUUAAUUGCGCAACAUUCAAAUGUGAACGCUAACGUUGCAUCAAGUUCAGCUGUUGUU